GGAGCUGCAGCCAGGUCUUCUCUCUACAGAGUUCAAAGAGGCCUUUUCCUUGUUUGACCGGACGCCGACUGGAGAGAUGAAGAUCACCUACGGUCAGUGUGGGGACGUGCUGCGGGCCCUGGGCCAGAACCCCACCAAUGCUGAGGUGCUGCGCGUCCUGGGCAAGCCCAAGCCUGAAGAAAUGAAUGCCAAGAUGCUCGACUUUGAGACAUUCCUGCCCAUCCUGCAGCACAUCUCCCGCAACAAGGAGCAGGGCACCUACGAGGACUUCGUGGAGGGGCUGCGUGUCUUCGAUAAGGAGAGCAACGGCACGGUCAUGGGCGCUGAGCUUCGGCAUGUCCUUGCCACCCUGGGAGAGAAGAUGACUGAGGCUGAAGUGGAGCAGCUGUUAGCUGGGCAAGAGGAUGCCAAUGGCUGCAUCAAUUACGAAGCCUUCGUCAAGCACAUCAUGUCCGGCUGAAGGAGAUCCCUCCAGGGUG